AUGGCUAACAGACAAGGCUAUGACGUCGUGGUUGACGUGGACGAAGAGGGCGAUCUUGGCCACACAGAUCUAAAUGAUGAUCUCGAAUUCCACAACUCCACAUUCGACCAACCCACCUCCACCAACACCCGCAAAACCAUCCCCCCCAACCAAACCUCCUUCCUCCACCCCCCACCCCCGCGCAGCACCUCCUACGGCAGCCCGAGCACCAGCAAGCGCUACCUCUGGACCCUAUCCUUCUACCAACAAUUCUUCGACGUCGACACCGCGCAAAUCACCCACCGCUGCCGCGCCGCCCUCUUCCCCCGCCAAAACUUCCUCGACGUCAUGGAGGGCAACCCGGACCUCUACGGGCCCUUCUGGAUCGCCACCACCGUCGUCGUCAUCUUGUUCUUGACGGGGACCAUCAGUGCCUAUCUGGCGAGGAUGGACAAGGGGCAUUUCGCGUAUGACUUCCGGCUUUUGUCGGGUGCGGCGGGGUUGGUGUAUGGGUAUACGCUGGUCAUUCCCGCGGGCUUGUGGGGGGUGUUGAAGUGGUUUGGGAGUGAGAGUGCGAAUUUGAUGGAGUGUUGGGCGUUGUAUGGGUAUGCCAAUUUGAUUUGGAUUCCCGUGGCGCUUGUUAGUUGGAGUCCGUUGAGUGCACUCAAUUACGCCUUCGUGGGCGUCGGCUUCGCGCUCUCAGCCGUCUUCCUUUUUCGGAACCUCUACCCUGUCGUCUCCGCCACUGAUGCAAAGACAUCCCGUGUGCUGCUCAUAGUGGUACUGGCUCUGCAUGCGGGACUUGCGAUCGCAAUCAAGAUCCUUUUCUUCGCUCAUGGCAGCCCGGUGAGUAAUGCAGCGAGCAUCACAGAGCAGCUUGUGUGUCUACGUGCGACGUCUCAAUCUAUUCCCAGCACAACACACUCACCAUCCGAUUAAUGUGAUAUGGACUGUCCCACCCUUCGGCGCACCAACAGAGGCAGCACUGCAGCAGCGCAAAAAUUCCGCCACCACUGUAGAAGUGACUGGAGCCCCACCAUUUGACUCCACCACAGGCCAUUUUCGACCAUCGAUUUACCACACAGCAUCCUGACUAAGACACCAUCACCGUCGCAGUCGAGCCUCUGCGGACGUGCCGCUUGUGUGUAGAGGCGUCAUCAUCAUACUGCCGUCUCCGGGUAGUAUGAAAGCGCGAUCGUUCCACCUUAACCCCGAUCCGCCUCCCG